AUGAUAUUGGGGGAGAGAGUGGAACGUCGGGCUCUCACCAAAUCACAGAGGCAAGAAGCUGCUUCAGCAUCAGAUAGAUCGCGGAUGAGGGAACAACAUGGUUGUGCUAAUCUAAAGUCAAGGAAAUUUCCAAAAAAUCUUAGGAUAUUGGAACAUGAUCUCACUUGGGCGGCAUUCCUUGGACAUGUGCCACGUGGGGGAGGUGGUGGUGGAGUUUGUGGUGGAGGUGGUGGUGGAGUAGUUGGAGGACGAACUGGUGGAGUUUGUGGUGGUAUAGUUGGAGGAGUUUUGGGUGUCCCUGGUGGGGUGUUUGGAGGACUUACCGGUGGAGCUUGCGGUGGUGUAGUUGGUGGAGUGUUUGGACUAACUGGUGGAGCUUGUGGUGGUGUGGUUGGUGGAGUCUCUGGUGGACUGUCUGGAGGACUCACCGGCGGCCCUUGCGGUGGUGUUGUUGGUGGAGUCUCUGGUGGGCUGUUUGGAGGACUCACCGGCGGCGCUUGCGGUGGUGUGGUUGGUGGACUCUCUGAUGGGCUGUCUGGAGGAUACACGGGUGGAGCUUGCGGUGGUGUUGUUGGUGGAGUCUCUGUUGGUGGUGUCUCUGGUGGACUGUUUGGAGGACUCACGGGGGGAGCUUGCGGUGGUGUUGUUGGUGGAGUCUCUGGUGGGCUGUCUGGAGGAUUCACCGGCGGAGCUUGUGGUGGUGUGAUUGGUGGAGUUUCUGGUGGACUGUUUGGAGGACUCACUGGUGGAACUUGCGGUGGUGUGGUUGGUGGAGUCUCUGGUGGACUGUUUGGAGGACUCACGGGUGGUGUUGUUGGUGGAGUUUGGGGGCCUGGCGGUCUGGUUAUUGGUGAAAUCUGCGGGGUGGGUGGUGGGGUGUUUUGUGGAGGCGGUGGUAGUGGUGGACAAACACAUGGUGGACAUGCCGUUGGAGGUGGAGGCGGAGGUCGGCGUGGAGGUGGGGGCGGGGGUCGGCGUGGAGGUGGGGGCGGAGGUCGGCGUGGAGGUGGAGGUGGAGGCCGUCGUGGACUAGGCCGGGUCUGA